GAUCCGACAAAGUACUUAAAUCUCCUAAUUGAUACUUAUUGGCAAACAGAAACUGGUUCAACAGUUAUUUCACCAUUACCCUGCGCCAUUUCAUCAAAACCUGGUUCUGCGACUUUACCCUUCUUUGGUAUAGAUCUUGUUGUAUUGGAUUCAACUACUGGUAGAGAGAUAACAACAACGGAAGCAGAAGGUGUUUUAGCUAUUCGCCAACCUUGGCCAUCAAUAGCACGCACAAUUUACAAUGACCAUAAUCGAUAUUUUAAUACAUAUUUAAAGCCUUAUAAAGGUUAUUACUUUACGGGUGACAGUGUUACUCGAGAUCGUGAUGGUUAUUAUUGGAUUCGUGGACGUGUAGAUGAUGUUAUCAAUGUGUCAGGUCAUAGAUUAUCAACAGCAGAAAUCGAGUCAGCUUUAAUUUCUCAUUCUUCAGUUGCAGAAGCAGCUGUUAUUGGAGUACCUGACGAAUUAACAGGACAAAGUAUACAAGCUUUUGUCACCUUGAAACCAAAUUGUAGUACAGAUGUAAAAGAUCUAAUCUUACAAGUACGUAAGGUUAUUGGUCCAUUUGCAGCACCCAAAAAGAUUUAUAUUGUUUCUGAUCUUCCAAAGACUAGAAGUGGAAAGAUUAUGAGACGUAUUUUAAGAAAGAUUAUUUGUGAUGAAAUAGAUCAAUUAGGAGAUUUAA